AAAUGGUGAACUGAUACCUUUUGAAUUAUCCCUAAUCUUUUUUUUUUCCUGGUGAUGUCCUUAAAAGACCAAAUCUAAUGUCAUAUUCAUUAGGAAGGUUUUUAUUGUAAGCUGAGGUAGUUGUGUUGUCUUUUCUGAUUUCAUAGAAUUUGCAUAUACAUUUUUAUUACAGCAUUUGUCAUAUUGAUGUAAUUGUUUCUGUAGUUGCCUUAGCUUUAAAACUGAUUUAGACUGUAUAUUUUUAAUCUUUGUAUGCUCAUUACCUAGUGUAGUGCUUAACACUUAAUAAAUUAUUAUUUGAAUGAAUUAAAAAUGGCAUAUGUGAUGAGAGAUAUAUGUUACUCUCUGGCAUCGAUGUUAAUUAAAUUUUUCUUUCCCCAACAGUGAGAAAAUAUUCAUAAUUCAUAUCAUAGGCAAAGGGCUAAACUCCCUACUAAGUAAGGAGAUCCUAGAAUUUGACUUUUACGAAGAGACUAAAAACCUAGUGAGAAAAUGGGCAAAGAAUAAAAACAGAUAAACACAGACAAAAUAUAAAUUAUUCUAAACAUAUGAAUGAUGCUCAACUUCAUUCACAAUGAGUUCAGCACUCAAACUCAUUUGGUGACAAAUCCUGACUCGAGCUGACUGAGGCACCCACCGUGUCUUGGUGCACCUACCAGGGGCUAAGAUGGAUCUUGUACUCAGUGCUGCAGAUUAUUAUUUUUUUACACCAUACAUAUAUCCAGCCACAUGGCCAGAGGAUGAUAUCUUCCGACAAACCAUUAGUCUCCUGAUUGUAACAAAUAUUGGUGCUUAUAUCCUUUAUUUCUUCUGUGCAACAGUGAGCUAUUAUUUUGUCUAUGAUCAUUCAUUAAUGAAACAUCCACAAUUUUUAAAGAAUCAAGUCUCUCGAGAGAUUAAGUUUACUGUCCAGGCGUUGCCAUGGAUGAGUAUUCCUACCGUUGCAUUGUUCCUGCUAGAGUUGAGAGGUUACAGCAAAUUGUAUGACGACAUAGGAGAGUAUCCAAGUGGCUGGUUUCAACUCAUGUUUAGUGUAGUAUCGUUCCUCUUUUUCACUGACAUGCUGAUCUACUGGAUUCACAGAGGCCUUCAUCAUAGACUUGUAUAUAAGCGCAUACAUAAACCUCAUCAUGUUUGGAAGAUUCCUUCUCCAUUUGCAAGUCAUGCUUUUCACCCUGUGGAUGGCUUCCUUCAGAGUCUACCUUACCAUAUAUACCCUUUUAUUUUUCCAUUACAUAAGGUAGUUUAUUUAGGUUUGUACGUCUUGGUUAAUAUCUGGACAAUUUCCAUUCAUGAUGGUGAUUUUCGUGUCCCCGAAAUCUUAAAGCCACUUAUUAAUGGCUCAGCUCAUCACACAGACCACCACAUGUUCUUUGACUACAACUAUGGACAGUAUUUCACAUUAUGGGAUAGAAUUGGAGGCUCGUUCAAAAAUCCCUCCUCCUUUGAGGGGAAGGGACCACUUAGUUACGUGAAAAAGAUGACAGAAGAAAAGUGCAACAGCCAUGCAAAAAAUGGUUGUAAAAAUGAAAAAUUAUUCAAUGGAGAGCUUACAAAGACUGAGUAGAUUGCCCAAUUAUUCUUAAUAUAUUUUUAAUAAGGAAAAAUACUCUGUGUACAGCCAAGAUACAUAGCAUUGGUAUCAUUUGAAAAUCAGCGUUGUGAGUUCUGCUGAGGAAUGAUCAUAA